AAAUAGCUGUGGAGAGAACGUUUGUUGACACAUGUAUACAAACCCCAGAACAGUCAAGAGAUUUUAGGCGAAAUUGAGCUAACUCUCAUUUAUUUAACAACCUACUUGUUAAGCUGCCUUACAUCAUGGCGACGAACACAGAGAAGAGAAGACAACUUGAUGAUGAGAUGAGCAGAUUUGAGGCAGAAAUCUCAGGUCCUCCUGGGAUUAGUAGUGUGACAAAUCUGCAGCCUCCUCCAACACCUCCAAGGGCUGUUAUAGGAUCCAAUACCUUUACUCAGGUUCAGCAGCGCUUGCAACAGCAGCAUCCUGAACCUCCUGGCACUGGGCCCUCUGGUCCUCAUGGACCUCCUGGCAUUCCUACUUUAUCUGGUCCUCCAGGUCCAGCUGGUGCGCCUAUUCCUGCAGGACCUACUGGGCCUCCAGGUCUUCCAGGUCCUCCAGGUCCUCCAGGUCUUCCAGGUCCUUCAGGUCCUUCAGGUCCUCCAGGUCCCCCUGGUGUUGCUAUUGGGGUUCAGAGAACACAGAAUGCACCUUCAGUACCCAGUGGAUCAAAUGCAAGCAAUGGUGUUCUGCCAUUACCCCCACCACCAGCACCACCCGGUGGAUACAUUGGGCCACGAUUACCUGGGGACUGUACACCAAAUAGCAGUUCGCCACAACAGCAGCAACAACAACAACAGCAGCAGCAGCAGCAGCAACAGCAACAACAACAGCAACAACAACAGCAGCAGCAGCAACAGCAACAACAACAACAGCAGCAGCAACAACAACAUCAGCAGCAGCAACAACAACAGCAGCAGCAGCAACAACAGCAGCAGCAGCAACAUCAGCAGCAGCAGCAACAGAUGCACCACCAUCACCAACAGCACCAGAUGCACCAGCAGCAACCUAGACCACCACCACCACCUCCUCCAGGCUUCAUUCCACCACAGCUCACUCGCCAACACAUGCACCAUAAUAUGAUGUGUGAUGGUCCUCAGAUGGGUCCAAUGAUGGGUGGAGGCCCUCCUGGUUUUAUGAGACCUCCUGGGCCACCAAGACAUCCUGGGCCACCAGGACCUCCUGGCUAUGGACCACCUCAUGGUCCUCCACAUGGGCCACCAGGUCCACAUGGAUUACACGGGCCCCAUGGGCUACACGGGCCACAUGGGCCACAUGGUCCUCAUGGACCACAUGGACCUCAUGGACCACAUGGGCCUCAUGGGCCUCAUGGACCACAUGGUCAUCAUGGACCACAUGGACCACCUGGUCCACAUGGACCACAUGGACCACCAGGCCCACAUGGACCACCAGGACCACACGGACCACCUGGUCAUGAUCCCCAUGGACCUCAAGGUCAUGGUCCACCAGGUCCCCCAGGUCAUGGUCCUCCUGGAAUGGGUCCACAUGGUCCGCCAGGACAGCACCCUCCACACCCAUCACAACAUGGUCCACAGGGGCCAGGUACUCAUGGCUAUGGUCCACUGGGCCCUAACCAACUGCCUCCCCAUGCACAGGGCCCUCCUCACAUUGGUGGUCCUGGCCUUGGGCCCCCAGGCUCAGGACCACUGAGAGGGCCUCACCCUCCUCCUCCUCCACCUCCUGGCAUGCUACAGUCACAGCAGCAUGGCAAUAUACCUCCUCCACCCUUCAUUCCUGCAAUCAUCUCUAAGCCACCCACUGUCAUCAGUUCAGCCCCUAAGCUCUACUCUGCUCAAGCUGCCAAGAAUGAAAAUAAACCAAAUGAAGCUGCUCCUUCUACCAUUACUGUGCAAGGACCCACUGCACCUCCAGAAGUAACAGUUGAACCAAAAAAGAAGAAAACAAAGACUGACUCCCCAACUGCAGCACAAAUUUCUCAAAUGCUGACUCAAGCUCAGGAAAUGGCAGAAAAGGUUCGAGCCAGCACGAUAACAACAACGAUCUCUCGACAAGAAGGACAAAAUCCUCCACCUGUGGAAGAAAAGAAGAAAGAAGGGAAAGCACGCAGUAAGAAAAACUUAAGAUGUGCUGGUGGACAAAUAUGGGAGGAUCACUCUCUUAAUGAGUGGGAAAGUGAUGAUUUCCGGAUAUUCUGUGGCGAUCUUGGAAAUGACGUUACAGAUGAACUGCUCACUCGUUAUUUUAGCCAUUUCUCAUCAUUUGUGAAAGCGAAAGUGGUGAGGGAUAAACGCACAAAUAAAAGUAAAGGAUAUGGCUUUAUAAGUUUUUCCGAUCCACAAGACUACAUUCGAGCUAUGAAGGAGAUGAAUGGAAAGUACGUGGGAUCACGGCCAAUCAAGCUGCGCAAGAGCACAUGGAAGGAUCGCAAUGUUGACAUGGUGCAGAAGAAGCAGAAGGAGAAGCAGUUGCUGGGCCUCAAGUAGUCGACGACACACCGCUCACCCGGGGCCGAGUCCGUGUUAUAUGGUGUUGCGUAGUGCUGUGACCCGGUGGUGACUAGAAAUCACAAUAGCGUGAUGCAUCAAAUGAACAAAUUCACGAGGGCCGUGACGAGGAUUCGAACCUACGUCUGAGAGCAUCCCAGACGCUGCCUUAAGCGACUGAGCUACGACGUGGUAAAAGAAUGGCAACCAUAAAUUCUACUGAAUUGACUUGGAUCCUGCAGCCUCUCUGAGACACAAACCAGGGUUUUACACAACUCCCCCCUGCACUCGAGCUAUGUCAAUAGGCCGUUCUACCUCUUUGCUCUUACUUCAUUACACACAGAAAUCACAAUAGCGUGAUUUAUCAAAUGAACUCUUUGUUCGAAUCCUCGUCACGGCCCUUGAGGAUUUGUUCACCGUCAUCAUAACAUGUGUGUGGUGGAGCGCUCCAGCAACACCGUCAUCAUGACAGGUGUGUGGCAGUAUUGUGGUGGGGCGCUCCAGCAACACCGUCAUCAUGACAGGUGUGUGGCAGUAUUGUGGUGGGGCGCUCCAGCAACACCGUCAUCAUGACAGGUGUGUGGCAGUAUUGUGGUGGGGCGCUCCAGCAACACCGUCAUUAUGACAGGUGUGUGGCAGUAUUGUGGUGGGGCGCUCCAGCAACACCGUCAUCAUGACAGGUGUGUGGCAGUAUUGUGGUGGGGCGCUCCAGCAACACCGUCAUCAUGACAGGUGUGUGGCAGUAUUGUGGUGGGGCGCUCCAGCAACACUGUCAUCAUGACAGGUGUGUGGCAGUAUUGUGGUGGGGCGCUCCAGCAACACCGUCAUCAUGACAGGUGUGUGGCAGUGUUGUGGUGGGGCACUCUAGCUACACCUUCAUCAUGACAGGUGUGUGGCAGUAUUGUGGUGGGGCACUCCAGCAACACUGUCAUCAUGACAGGUGUGUGGCAGUGUUGCAGCAGUGUACCUCCACAAGGUUUAUAUUACAACCUGUCAUCCAGAAAGUACAGUACAUCAACUACAGGUGGAAUGUAUAAAAGUGAACUGUUGCACUCAAAAAUACACUUUGAUCUAUUAAUUUUAUAGAGGAGCCCUAGAAAGAAGGCAAUAACGAAACCUAAAGUUUCCUAGACCUAGUAUAGCAUAUAUAUAUAUAUAUAUAUAUAUAUAUAUAUACACACACCAUCAUCAUGACUUAUAAUGUACUUAUUUAGGAAUAAAGUUGCAUAUAUUAGGACUAGAAUUGCUUAUUUACGUCUAGGAUAGGUUAGGGUAGGUUAUAUACUUUCUAUUUCAGUUUUUGGCAUACCAUUUGGGGCAUUCCAGUAGUACAAAACAUGAAUUUGUUUUGAGUACAACAGUCCAUUUUUGUGUGUUCUGCUGUUAGUAGCUAUAAGUGCUAUCAUUAUAAAUUUUUGGAGGCUGGGUUUUUAUAUUUUGAGUGUGCUCGAGCAAUUCCCGAAGGUCCCGAGUGCGCCUCGACUAUCGCUGAAGGUCACUCUCCACAUUCUGAGUGGCCUUUAUCUUGACAUAACCACAUCGUUAUAUAAAAAACUGAACACUACUGAGAAACUAAGUAAAUUAAUGAUGUUUUUCUGUAGUGCUGUAUUUUAUUUUAUUUCUUUUGUGACAAUGAAUUUACUUUCAAUUGAUUAAUGGCUAGUACUGUACUUGAAAUUUGGUCCUAGUAACCUACAGUACACAGCCCUACGAAGUAAGAUGUUUACACUGAUUCCGUAGAGAAACCUUAUUACUAGUGUGGUCCACACUGCCUCUGUCACCACCAGAAUACUUACGGUUUCCAAUUUUCUUAUGAGAAGGGAGGGCGGAGGGUAUUUUAUUACUAAUUCUUAAUCCAUUUUGUGGUAUAGUAUUAGUAUUAAUAAAACUAUUUGCUGUCACACUUCGAAUAUUGUUAUUUUUGUGUAUCUUGUACAUAAAGUAGGUAUAAAAUAAAUGCCAUUUUUAAU